GGAAAAUGAAAAGUCACGGAAAUGGUGUGAGCAAGGUUUUGAAGUACUUCAGGCAAAAGAAAGUGUCGUCGGUACAAGAAGAUGAGCAUCACAGGUUUAGGAUAUUGCAUAAUAGAUUGUUGCAGUGGAGGUUUGUGAACGCAAGAGGCGAGGCUGCCAUGGUUAAUGUAAAGAAGGCUUCAGAGAUGAAUCUGUUUAAUGUAUGCUUGAGGAUCCUGAUGCUGAGAAAGAGAAUAUUAGAAAAGAAAAUGGAAAGGCAAAAGGUGAAGCAUGGCAUGAAAAUACAUCAACUGGUGAAUCCACAAGUGUGUCUCCUGAAUGAAUGGGAAAAAAUGGAGACAAAAUAUGAGCAACAUAUCAAUAGAUUGAUCAGAAAAUUAUCAGCUCUGUCCAUUUGUUUGCCUUUUCUUGAUAUUAAGGUAGACGUGGACUCUCUCCAUCAAGCCAUGAAAGCGGCCUUGGAAAUAAUGGAGAGCAUUGAUCCACUCAUAACAAGAUAUCAAUCUCAGGUUGAGAGAAUUCUAUAUCAAGUAACAGAACUCAACACCAUAUCAAAACAACAAGAGGAGUACUUUCAGGAACUUUUGAGAAUUAUACACAUAAUUUCUACUUCAGUGGAAAACGAGAAAAGCAUGGUGGCGCUUCUUAUUCAAGCAAAUACGAAGCUGAUCUCUAUCAAGAGAGGUGCCGACAUGUCUGACUUAUCUUAAGUAGGAUUGACUCAAAUUAAAAAAAAAAAUUGCAUACAAUAAAAAGAAAAAAAAGCGGAACACUGACUAGGGAGAUCAAUGUAUCUGUUAAUCGUUUUUCUUUAUCUAGCGAAAAAUAUUUUUCUUAUACUUCCACUUUUUCUGUUUUUCUAGUUAUGGA